UAGAAAAAAAAAUACAUUCUUUUUUUUGUCUUCGUAUUUUUGGUGUGUAUACGCCGUCAUAGGGCUCGCCCCUAAACACAGCGCAUCAGAGGCGGCAAACACACAGAUAAUAAACGCUCCGCUGGGAUUAUCUUUAAAUCCGCGGUACUACAAAGCAAAUCUCUCUCCGACUUAAAAGAGUGUCUCGGUUAGGUCCUGUAUACAAGUAGAAGAGAUUACAACUUUUUUUGAAGUGUGUCUGGGGCCUUACAGACAAACACGCCUGUAUCUCUUCAAUGUAUUCCAUCAGUGACUUCUAAUGUGUUUACCGUGUGUUUGUGUGCGUUAAACGCGCGAGAGGUACACACUGUAUUCUAAUGACAUAAUAUAGUUUUGUGAUUUUGAAAUUAAGAAAUUUGGGAAGAAUAGUGCACAGUUGGCAGAGCAGCAGUGAUCCAACCGGAAAUACAGCUUCUGACACUCUAAGAAGCAGACGUGGGUUUCUAUGAGAAAGGCGGGGGAUGCAGCCUGGUUUGCACCUGACGCCUGGACCCUUACUCGCCAGUAAAGAGGUUGAGAGAUUCUUCGACAACCUUGACAGCAAGAGAGCUAGGUACCCUCUGAAGGAAGGCGAUCUUGGUAGAAAGAUUGAAGAGCAAGCCUUCCGCCCGGGGAGCUACGGGGAUUCCCUGAACAGCAGCAAUCAAAGCAACAGCCCGUGCACCUCUUCCUCCUCUGCCUCCCCGACUUCUUCCAGUGGAGGCACCCGCAGCCCAGAACCGAGCCCACCCGGGGAAGCUAAAAGGUUCAAAUCCGAAAGCGGAUAUUGUGGCGAGCUCGGACUCCAUACCGGAGACAUUAGCAACUACAGCGCAGACGUGAGCGGUUACGGGACAGUCACAAAAAGCUCAGGCGAGGUUUCUGACAACAGAAUGUAUCAGAGCAGCUUAGCCCUUCCAUCCAAUACAAGUGGAUAUGGAGUGGAUAAUGGAUAUAUCCAUUCGGGAUCUAAUCCAGUGUAUGUUCCAUCAACACGAGCCAUGUUGCCCGUUCAGUACAUGGGGGCUCCAACGCAGAACAUGACAACGCCCACCACCUCGACUCUGUGGACUGCGCCCAAUGACGUCACGGCGUACACGUCGGCAAACUCUCUACACACUUCCGCGGCGUUCCCGUUCGCUGCUCCACCGGGCGCCGAUGUCGGAGUCAGGAAUGACUCCGCGUCUUCAGGCUACGGCGCACCCCUGGGUCGCCACUCUAGUCUAGGCGGCUACCCAACGUACAUGGGGGCGGACCUGUCCCCCUGGAACACCUUCAACAACAUGGCCCUGCAGCAAGGCUUCAGGCCAACCACAGGACCUGAUGGUCAGGAGUACUGGGCGGACUUGGAGGGUCGUGAGUGCGUCAACUGUGGCUCUAUCUCUACGCCCCUGUGGCGCAGAGAUGGCACUGGGCACUACCUGUGUAACGCCUGUGGCCUUUACCAUAAGAUGAACGGUUUAAAUCGCCCUCUCAUUAAGCCCCAAAGACGACUGAAUCCGAUGCUAUUCAAUCCGCAGUCUGCAUCACGCCGCGUGGGUCUCUCCUGCGCCAACUGCCACACCUCGACUACCACCCUGUGGCGGCGGAGCAACGAAGGGGAGCCGGUGUGCAACGCUUGUGGACUGUACUAUAAACUUCACGGGGUCAAUCGUCCUCUAGCAAUGAAAAAAGACGGAAUCCAAACGAGGAAGAGAAAGCCCAAAAAUGUGUCUAAAAAUAAACUUCCAACGAAAGACGACAAUGACGCAAAGCCGGAUUCCACUCUACCGAAACUCAGCAACAAUCUCAGUAGCAACAACAAGAAUAGCAGCGCCAACAAAACUACCAAACCGAACGACAUCACGGCGAAGAGCGACGCAGCCAAGACUGAUGAUGUAGCCAGGCAGAACAGCGGGAAAUCCCCAAGCAGUUACGUUUCCGCCAGCAACGCUUACUCCCAGGUGACGCCCAAGACAGAAUACAUCGAGUCUGGAAGCGUCAAGCACCAGCAGAACUACGCGGAGCAGGCGAAGGUCUCGUACUCCGAGGCAGCCAAGGUCAACGCAGAUUUUUACAAAUCCCACUACAGCAUUGACAGUAUGAAGUAUGGGAUGGAGCCGGUAAGGCAUAGCUACCUUGACCCUAUGAACAUGGCCUACUUGGAAGCUGCCAAGUCUGCAGGUUACUUUGAUGUCUCUCGUUCAACUUACAAUCAGGCCGGAUACAUAGAUUCCGGUAAGCUUGUUGGAUAUCUAGAUCAAGGAAAAUCCGAUUACGGAACUCGCCAAGGCCCCAAGAGCGAUUACAUGCGAACAGGGAAAUCCAAUUACUCGGACAUUAUGAAGCCUGAUCCGUACGCCAUGGCUCAAAGGAAUGACUAUAAUAUCAACCACAUGAAUGAUAAGCACCAGUCCUAUGACGUCAUGCAUCUCAAAUCAGACUACAUGUCGCAGAUCAAAUCCGAAUACCCAAUGAUGUCUCCAAAGGACGGAAACGAGGGUGAGUCCAUGUUAACAAUGGGUCAUUCCAUGCCCCUCGCCCCUCAUUCCAUGGAGGCUCACAACAACAUGAUGGGGAGCUCCCCUCACGCUAUGACGGCCUCACACCCGGCGGUUACUAUGCACGGAGGAUACUCCAUGCCAAGCGGUUCCUCGCCUAAAUCUGCGCCCGUUUCCAUGGACGACGGUUACCGCGUCAGUGACGCUCUUCACACGACCACCUCGGCCCUUCGCUUGAGCGACGGAUCUUCAUCAUCUCUCCACACGGUUCAAGUUGCAAGCUAAGCAGCAAUGCCCAAAGCGUUGUUUCUUUUUCUCUCUCCACACGGUUCAAGUAGCAAGCUAAGCAGCAAUGCCCAGAGCGUUGUUUCUUUUUAUCUCUCCACAAGGUACAGGUUGCAAGCUAAGCAGCAAUGCCCAGAGCAGUGUUUCUUUUUUUCUAGAAGUAUAACUCUAAUUGGCUCAAUGUCAUCUUGGCAGAACGUUGCAUGCAGUAACAUUCAUCAGGACUAGAACAGAGAUGCAAUCAUAGAAUACAAGUUGUUGAUCUAGUGUUUUCGUCUCUUGUCAACUUGGAAUGUUGUGACCCACAGUUGUAGACACUGCGAUCUGCCACAAGAUGUGAUGCCAAGAGUCAGACGCUGUGAGAGUGAGAACAUAACCUUUUUGACUUUUGUCAACCCAAGAUGCUCUCUCUCUGGUCACAUAUCUGAGGUGUACGCUCUCAGAGUUGGCUGGUUGACCAUAACUUAAAAAAACAUCAACUGUAAAAUGACAAAAAUCGAUUGAUUAAUAAGAUGUGAUUUUUUUUUUAAAUGGAAGAAUCCUCCACUGGAAAGAUCUGACAGGUCCAGAUUUGAGUCAAAAUAUUUGCUUCAACACCAUUUGAUGUUAUUAAAAGUGGCCUAGCAUUGAACAUCUUACAAUAUUUUGGCCAUCACACACUAUCUUGGAACUCAAGCGACGCUGUUGGCCUUUAUACAAUACAAGUUGGCCACCUAAUAACAUGUUGGCCAUUAAUUAGAUGUAAUAUGCUGUCCAUCAGACAAUACCGUUAUUUACAGGACAUUUUGUAUUUCUUCUGCCACGCUGACAAGGAAAUAUAAACUUUCUCAUUAUUUAGCUCACGCCUUAAAACACAAGCAAAGUCAUUGAAGAGUAUGGUAUGGUCCUCAUGCGAAUCCCAUGGAAUAUAAACUCGCUGUAGAAGCUGUGCGAAAUAGCAGGCAUUUUAUGAGUGACCAUUGGCGCUUAAUGAGUGACCAUUGGCGCUUAAUGAGUGACCAUUGGCCCUUUAAUCUCAAUGUUAAUUCUCUAUUUUCUACACUAAAAUAAUAGUUUGUCUAAAAUUUAUAAUUCAUAAAAUUUCGGUGUAAAAAAAGAGAGUAAAGUACCCUUCCAGACCUCGCUAUGGGGCAGAUGAUGGAAAGGUCAUCUGAUUCUAUGGCUCACAGUUAACGAGGGAGUCAUGUGGACAGCACAACGACCAACUCCCUUUACAUUUCCCCAAAUAAUGUCAGGUACUUAUUUGAGCUGAGUGGACUAAGUGGCGCCCUAGAAAGUCCCGAAACUAAAAAUCCCAGCCUUUGAGUAGGAUUGGAACCAGAGACCUCUCGGUUCGGAGGCAAUAUUUCCAUUGUACUGAUCCCACAAUAGUGACAUUCUGAAACGAAAUCUAUAAAUACGUAAUUUAGUUUCUUGUGUCCCCAGAGUUGUCUCUCCACCAAGUCACAUGAUCUGUUUAUGUACAUAAUAUUGUAAAUAUGUCCAUAUAGUAAAUCGUAGUAAGAUAGCUUUAACGAAAAGUUCAGUAGUUCAACUUAUGUGGGGAAAAAAACGUAUUUUAGUGUGUCGCAUGCCUGGCACGAGCCAUAGUGACAAGCAAAGGAGUUUCUGUCGGAUUUUGUUAGUUUUUGAAAUCACUGUUGAAAUCAUUUUCAACCCUUUUUUUUCCAUAAUAAUAUAACAUUCAUUUUAAUGAGAUUUAAUUUCUUUAAACGAACUUCUCUUGUGUUGAAAGUGACUCCUUAUUAAUACCGACACAAGCACAGUUUCGAUAGCAAGGCAAGAGUCCGGGCACUUCUUGACAACUAUCGGAUAUCUGCUAGGUGACCUAUUUAAAUGUUUCCAGUCGCUUAGCAACCAAAAAGAUCUCACGAAUGAAGGCGUACUAGUACACAUACACAUACACAUACACAUGGUGUCUUGAAUCCAGACCAAUCGUUAGAGAAGGCCUGAACACUGACCUGUGACGUCGCCACCUGUGGGCAGUGGAGACCAAUACCUCGUUGCCACGUCUUACAGACCUGUGACGUAAAAAUAAGCUUUAGGUCUAAACCACCCACAGGCUGCGACGAUGCUGGUUAGUAUUCAGGCCUCUAUGACAAUAGGUCUCGGUUGGAUCCUUACAAACUGAAUGAAAUAUCAUUUAUUAUGAAAUGUUGCAUUAUGCUAUUAGAGUUAGAGAUACGGUUUGCAUUAGUUCUGAACAAAUAUAAAACUUCUUAGUAGUGUAUGUGUGUGUGUGCGCGCGCUUGUGUUUGCUAAGAGUGUACAAGUAGAUGUUUUCUUGAUAUUAUGUUUAUAUAAUUUCAACGUUCAAUUGUAUGUAAUUCUGUUUUCUUUUUUCCCCCCUCUAAAAUUGUUAUAAAGUAUAAAAAUAAUUAUUGCAUGCAAACUUAAACUAUUGGACUUGGUUAAAAGUUAAUAAAAACAAAUUUAUCAAUAAA